AUGGCUAGACCACCUUCCUCUACUGGAGAUGUCCUACUUUACUUCCUGGCUAUUUUCGUACCCCCCGUCUCAGUUUUCAUGAAGCGUGGAUGCGGAAGUGAUGUACUAAUCAACGUUUUACUGUGGAUAUUGGGCUGGAUUCCAGGUGUCCUUCACGCUUGGUGGAUUAUCAGUAAAUACGAGAGGCCCGCUGGUGCAUACGUCGGUUCUGGCUAUUGA